GCGGAGCCGCUGCGAGGUGCGAGCGCUGGGAAGGGGAGAGGGUCGGUCCGCCAGGGAGGCCCGAGCUGCGGGCGUGGGCACCGCGCACGCGCGGGGAGCGGCUCCGAGAGAGGGCGCGUCCGCGUGGCUGCAGGUGUGCUGGGCAUCUCUGUCGCGUGGCGGAAGAGACCGGGGGCACCUAACUUGGGUUGGGGUCUGCGCAGGCCACACCUCCUUCAUGCCCCAGCCGGAGAGCAGGGGCGUGGCCAAAGACACUUAAUAGCCCUAGGGCUCCUCUAGUCUGCGAAGGGCUCCAAGGGGUGUUGGAUAUCCUUCAAAUUAGGGAGAAAAUGGAGGAGCACCCACCUUCUUACCGCCAUGGCAAUGAGAGGGCUGGUGCCCCGGGAAUCGAGGCCCUGAAGGGGACGGAGGAGCUGGGGGUUCCUGGAGGGAGCUCCAGAUCCAAGCUUGAAACGCUUCCCAGCGAAUGAGCUCAGAAGUCCUUGGGUUCUGGUCCUGCCUCCUCCCCAAGUAGCAGUGAGCGCUCGGGCAAGCCUCUGCCUCUUCCCGGGCCCCAUUCCUCACUCAUCACCUGGGGCCACAGGCCGUCUGGUCCGAGGCCUCACUCGCCUGGUCUGCCGCAGAAUGGGCAUCUCCGCCUUGACCCCAGUGUGGGGCUCCCCGGGACUGCUCCUAACCAUCGCCCUCUACCCGGCUCUCACCCUGUACCCUGCUAAGGCCUUAGCACCCACACACCGGGACUACUGUGUCCUGGGCGCCGGGCCCGCGGGCCUGCAAAUGGCCUACUUCCUGCAGCGAGCCGGGAGGGACUACACGGUGUUCGAACGCGCCGCGGAGCCGGGCAGCUUCUUCACGCGCUACCCCCGGCACCGUAAGCUCAUCAGCAUCAACAAGCGGUACACAGGCAGGGCCAACGCCGAGUUCAACCUCCGCCACGACUGGAACUCGUUGCUCAGCCACGAUCCCCGGCUGCUCUUCAGACACUACUCCGACGCCUACUUCCCCGACGCCAGCGACAUGGUGCGCUACCUGGGCGACUUCGCGACGAGGCUGGGGCUGAGCGUGCUCUACAACACAACCAUUGCCCACGUCACCCUGGAGAAGGCUCGGCAGGCCUGGAAUGGCCAUUAUUUCAUCCUGACUGACCAGAGGGGCCAGACGUACCAAUGCAGCGUCCUUCUCGUCGCCACCGGUUUGUCAGUCCCCAACCUGGUGGACUUCCCCGGCUCCGAACACGUGGAAGGUUACGAGUCUGUGUCCGUGGACCCCAAGGACUUUGUGGGUCAGAAUGUGCUGAUCCUGGGCCGAGGGAACUCGGCCUUCGAGACUUCAGAGAACAUCCUGGGUGUCACCAAUUUUAUCCACAUGCUAAGCCGCUCCCGAGUCCGGCUCUCCUGGGCCACGCACUACGUGGGAGACCUCAGGGCCGUCAACAACGGCCUGCUGGACACCUACCAGCUGAAGUCCCUGGACGGGUUGCUGGAGUCCGACCUGGCGGAUCUGGCCGUGGUGAAGGACCGCAGGGGCAAGUUCCACAUCACCCUGAGGUUCUACGUGGAGGAGGGCAACCAGAGUGCCGAAGCCAUCACCCUCCCCCAGGAUGACAGUGACAACUUCGCCAUGCGCGUGGCCUACGACCGGGUCAUCCGCUGCCUGGGCUGGAACUUCGACUUCUCCAUUUUCAACGAGUCCCUCCGGCUGUCUUCAGGGGGCGAGUUCAGCAAGAAGUACCCACUGAUCAAGGCUAGCUACGAGUCCAAAGGAAGCCGUGGUCUCUUUGUCCUGGGCACGGCCAGCCACUCUGUGGAUUACCGGAAAUCUGCCGGGGGCUUCAUCCAUGGGUUCCGAUACACAGUGCGCGCUGUUCACCGGCUACUGGAGCACCGCCACCACGGCGCCGCCUGGCCCUGCACUGAACACCCCAUCACACAGCUGACCAGCUCCAUCCUCCGGCGCGUGAACGAGGCUUCUGGGCUCUACCAGAUGUUCGGCGUGCUGGCCGACGUCAUGCUGCUGAAGGAGAAUGCCACCGCCUACGAGUACCUGGAGGAGUUCCCCGUGCAGAUGGUGGCCCAGCUGGAGGCGAUCACAGGAAGGAAAGCCAGGCAUGGGCUUUUCGUCGUCAACAUGGAGUACGGCAGGAAUUUCUCGGGACCCGACAAGGACGUCUUCUUUUACGAACGGUCCGUGGGGCACACGGAGGACGCCUGGCGGUCUAACUUCCUCCACCCAGUCGUCUACUACUACAGGCACCUCCCCACCGAGCAGGACGUGAGGUUCCGCCCCGCGGAGUGGCCCCUGCCUCGGCCCACGGCCAUCCACCACAUCGUGGAAGAUUUCCUGACAGACUGGACCGCCCCGGUGAACCACAUUUUACCGCUGAGGCGCUUCCUGGAGAACUGUUUGGACACUGACCUGCGAAGCUUCUAUGCAGAGUCCUGUUUCCUGUUCGCCCUGACACGCCAGAAGCUGCCGCCCUUCUGCCAGCAGGGGUACCUGAGAACGCAGGGGCUGGUGGGAACCAGAAGCCUCCGGCAGCACAGAGUGGACAGCAGGCUGCUGCAGGACUAUGCCACCGCGGGCAGGCGCACAGAGGACAGUGGCCAGUGGCCUGGCUACCACGGGCCAGGAGACCAGCCCCAGGCUCCAGGGCCUCUGGUCCAGCCCCUCAACAGUGACAGGGAGGAGCUGUGAUGCCCAGGUUCCCCACCUCACCCCAGGCCCACAGUCAGCCUGCCCUCCCCGCAGGCCCACACCCCCACCGGUGUGUGAUUGCCAAAGACCACUGGGACCAUUGCAGGGACUGCACCAAAGCCACACAGAGGGCAGGUAGAGGCUAGGUGGGGCCCACAGAAGGGCACCCUCUGCCAGAUAGGAGCAGCCUUGCACAGCCAGGCUUGUCUGUAAGUGAAUGGUCACUGAGCAUCAGGCUGCCCUCAGUUCUGCCUCCAUCAAGGUCCCAGAGGUUCCUUUUCCUUCUGGCCUACUCUUCAAGUGGGCCCAAAUCCCAGCCUUCGGCGGGGCAUUUCACAGGUGAAACCCAUCAUCUUCAUAAGGUUUUAUAGCAGGCUCUUUUACACAGGAGCUCUAAUACCCUCAACCACCUGGGGCAGGUAGAACUAGUACCCCUGAUGGAGACACCAGCUCAGAGAGGUCAGGUGACUCCCAGGGUCCCGGCCAGGAGUCCCUGUCUGGGUAGCCCUAUAGCCUGUCACACCACACCGCCCCCAUCUCUGUUUCCCGAAAGUGGGGGCGGGGAGCUGGGCUCCUGGCAAUGGGCCCCGCGGCUGUUACCAGGCGGAAUGAGCCACCUUAUCGAAGCAGGCCUCUCCCUGAGUAGCAGAGCUCGGAGCCGCCUUCCCAGGGCUGCACGCCCUGACUUAUCCUCAGUCUCUGUCUCCUCCUUUCGUCCCGCCCUGUGACUCUCCGAACACCCAUGUCUCUGGCCCAUCAGGUUCUGUCAAAGCGGCGCCGUACUGUCCUUCGGCGGGGAUUCUUAGGAGAUGAUUCACCCCUGUUUGGGCAGAGCCCCGCUCAGCCUGUCCAGAGACAUUUGUAAGUGCGUUUGCACAAUUACAGUGACGAACUUCAGUUUCCGGUCCCCUCAGCCGGUCUGGCUCUUCUCCAUGAUCCUUCCUCACCAGGAACCCGUUCCCUUCCUUACUCUCCCAUCAGGCGUGUCAGCCCUGUUCGUGAGUGAGCCGUGGGAAAGCACUGCACACACAGGAAUCCUGGCGUCUUUCAAGGCCCGGGAUCCCACGUGGUUGCUUUCUCUCUGGCUCUCGCUGGCCCUUCAUGUAAAGCACUCAGUUUGAGGGACCCAGGCUUGCUUGCUCCGAAGCUGUUUUCUGGGACUGUUCUCUUGGUCAGAUACAAACGCCCUGCCCCCCACCCCCGCCUGCAGAUGCUGCUCCCUCCAGUCUCUGCGGAGUUAGAACUUAGCCUGUGGCAGAUUUCACGCCACGAUGAUACUUUGCAAAGUUUGCUCGAGGCUAAAACUUCUAAAUUAAGCUAUCUUUCUAAUCCCAGGGCGAUGGUACAGAUUACAGGUGAACCAAAAUUGAGUCCAUCAGCCCACCUUUCCUUUCCAAAACCUUUUCUAAAGUGAAUCAUUUACGUAGGACUGUACCUAUAAGACCAGACUCUGGUCACACACAUCUUGCUUCCCCGACUGCUGAAGAGUGGCUGAGCCCCUUCUCCAAUAAAAGUUCGAGGUGCUGUAGCA